AUGAGUCUCAACGCCACAGAAGGGCCGUCUCCGACAGCAGAGAGUCCCCCAACGCCGCCUGCAAAUAUUACCCCGGUAACUGCCGUGGAAGGGAUCCCUGCUGCGGCUGAAGAAACUGCCGAGACGGUCUCGGUGGAAGCGACCAUCUCUAUCGACCCAUUGGAAGAAGAUACUGAUACAGACUCCGCGUAUGGAGACGAUAAUGGGAGCACUACGUCCUCGAUCGCAAGUAGUAUUCGGAGGUACCGUAAUUUGCAUGGACGGACGUAUCAUAACUUCAACACGGAAAGCUCCUCGGAGUACUGGGGCCCAAAUGAUGACAAGAUGAAUGAGCAACAUCAUAUGCUAACGCUCAUGCUGGACGGGAAGCUCUUCCUUGCACCAAUCGGUCCAACUCCACAGAAAGUAUUGGACGUCGGAACAGGAACUGGAAUUUGGGCUAUUGACUUCGGAGACCAAUUCCCAUCAGCAGAGGUGAUCGGUGUAGAUAUCUCACCUACACAGCCGACUUUUACCCCUCCAAAUGUCAAGUUUGAGCUCGAUGACGUUCAGCUUGAGUGGACCUACCAACCAAACAGUUUCGAUUACAUCCACGUGCGCUGCAUGCUUGGUGCAAUUCAAGACUGGGCACAUCUCUACCGCGAGAUCUACAAAUGCACCAAGCCCGGGGGAUAUAUCGAACAUCUCGAAAUCUCAAUCAUGUUCAAAUCUGAAGACGGUACGGUGACAGAAGACCACUUUAUGGCGCAAUGGUCCAAGAUACUCCUUGGUGCUGCCGAGAAGAUUGGCAAAACCUUUGCCAUCUACGACUUCAACCGGGAGAUGAUCACGCAGGCAGGCUUCGUCGACGUUGUGGAGAAGAAGUUCAAGGUCCCUGUUGGCACAUGGCCGAGAGAUCCGAAGAUGAAGGAGUUGGGCCAGUGGAAUCUGCUCUUUUGUCUUGAGGGGCUGGAGAGCUGGAGUUUGUAUCUACUGAGUAUGAUUUUGAAGUGGUCGUACGAGGAGAUCCAGGUGCAUAUUGCGACGAUGCGCAACCACCUUUUGAAUCGGAGGAAUCACGCUUAUUAUGAUAUGCACGUUCUGUCCUUGUAG